AUGAGAAAAAAUUCAUUUCAAUCGGAAGUCUUAAUUGAAAAUCAAGAAGUACUUGAAAUAUCACGGCCUGGUGACUUACCAGUUGACUCAGAAUCUGAUAAGGUCGCAAAACAAGAAAUUAAUGAACCAGCAACAGCAACGCAGGAUACAAUAGAAUUAAAUAAUUCGGAAAUUUCUCAAGUUAAUUCAGAUAGUCUUCAUAAUGAUUUGAACUCUGAAGAUUCAAAAAAACAAGUACAAAAUUCUCCAUUUACAUCGAUUACUUCAAAACAAAAUCGAUGGAAGGAUGUAAAAAAAUAUGUUGGGAAAACUUCAGCAGUUCUUGGUGCUUUACCAAAAGGAGAACUUAACAGAGAAUUGCUCGCUAAAUUAGAAGAACAAAAUUCAUUAUUGCCUAAACAAAAUUCAGUUGAAUUCAUUUUAGCCCGUAUUGAGAGACAAAAUCAACUUUUAGAUAAUGAUCCAAAAUCAGUGUGCAUUCAGUCAAAUGUUAUCAAAGCUGAUCUAGAGACCAUACAGUCACUCAUAGAUGAUAGCACAAAUUCAGCUGCUGAAGGUGAUGAGUUCCUCCAAAAUGAAAAGAUUACUGAUUGGGAUUUUUGGUCCGCGUUGAUUCAAGACUAUACUUCUGUGGCUACAAAACUUCCAGAACUUCUUACAGCAAAAUUACAAGCUGGUGUACCACCAAAAUUGAGAGGGUUCGUCUGGCAAUCGAUGUGUCAGGCUUCUUCAACUUAUUUGGAAACUAUGUAUUCUCAAUUAUUAUCAGAAUCCUCUCCUUAUGAUAAAAUCAUUGAACGUGACUUGGCUCGAACUUUUCCUCAUAUAGAUAUGUUUAAGGAAGAAAAUGGCAAAGGGCAGACUGGUUUAUGGAAUGUAUUAAAAGCAUAUAGUUUAUAUGAUCCGCUGGUCGGAUAUUGCCAAGGGCUUGGAUUUUUAGUUGGUCCAAUGUUGAUGAAUAUGACUGAAACACAAGCAUUUUGUGUGUUCGUUCGUUUAAUGGAAACUUAUGACAUGAGGACUAUGUUUACACUCAACAUGGAGGGGCUUCAGCUACGACUUUAUCAAUUCUCGGCGCUUCUCGCACAAAUUCUUCCGAAACUUCACGAACAUUUUCUACGUCAUGCUAUACAUCCUGCGAUGUUUGCUUCGCAAUGGUUCCUAUCACUUUUCGCUUAUACUUACCCUUUGCCAUUGGUACUUCGUAUUUAUGAUGUAGUAUUUGCUGAAGGUGCUCCUGAAACAAUUAUGCGUGUAGCAAUUGCAUUAUUAAAGAAAAAUGAAACCAAUUUACUUUCAUAUGAAGAGUUUGAAGAUCUCUUAGAUUUUCUUACUUCUCGAUUGUAUGAGGCAUAUGACAAUAAACCAACCGGGCUUAUUAAGGACGCAAUGGCACUAAGUUCGGUGAUAACAAAGGUUAAAUUAGAUCAACUUUCUAAGAGUUAUGUGAAAGAUUUAGAAGAUCAAAAGAAACGUUCCGAAAAAUUGGUCGCUGUUCGAUUCAAUGGAAGAUUUGCUACACCUAAAAAGGAAAAGAAAGAAGAAAUUAAACGACAAACGAAACGUGAUAAACCUAAUUAUCGGUGGUCAUUUAGUGCAAUUCCAAGUUCAAAACAAGCUGUUGUCUCUUUCCAAUCAACUACAAGUACAUCUAGUGAUGCAUCAACUUCCUCAGACAGUGAUUCAAUAGCAUCUUCAACGCCUACGUCUGCUUCCUUUGGUAGUGAUAGCACAGGACUUUUACACGCACAAAUUGAAGAUUUAGUGACUGCAUUAUCUCAACUUCAAAAGGAGCAUGCAGAUGUUCUUGAACAAUUGGUUUGUAUAAAGAUGGAAAAAAUGGAUUUGGUGUCAGAAGCGGAAGGAUUAAGAUCUCGGUUAAGGGGUGUUGAAAAAGAGAACAAACGAUUGUCUGCAAAUUCUGUAGUACUUUCUAUGGAUUCAACUGCAACUCUAAAUGCAAAUGAUGUAAAUCGAUUAGAAGAUACUGAUUUAACACCACGUCCAUCAACCGAGGUUACAUUACAUAAAAGAGUGGUAUCAGAUUCAGAAAUGCUAACAAAAGCACAACUAUCAACUACAUUAGCAAUCAAGUCACAAUUUUAUACAAUUGACUUGUCAGACGUACAAAAGGAAGAAGAAAGUCCGGACAUUUCAACACUUACUGAAGAACUUAUUAAAGUCAAAAUGCAAAAAUUCGAGUUAGUACAAGAGAAUGAAGAAUUACUUAAACAUAAUGAAGAUUUAGAACGCGCUUUACAAGAAUCUAAACAAGAACAUAUUUUAUUACAAGAAAAAAAUAUUUCACUAUUAGUAGAAAUUGAACGACUUGAUGAAGAGGCAGCACAAGCUGUAUAUGAGAAAAAUUCGAUGGAGCAUGAGAUGAAGGAAGCUAGAGACUUUAAAGUACAGAAUGGAAAAUUACUCAAAGAAACCGAGAAAUUAAAGAAAGAUGUAGAACAAUUGAAACAAAAAUUAUCUAAAUAUACAUUAGAUGAUGCACCUUCCGUUAAACAUAGCACGUUAUUUGAAUUUAUUGUUGAAAAUGCAGAUGACGCCUCAAUUUCAUCGAGGAGAAGAGAUAGUGAGACUCAAUCAAUAACAUCAUUGUCUUCAUUGCCACAAAGUCUAGCUAUGGAUAACGAAGAAUUUCAAAUUGUCACAACAUGUAAUGGUGAAUGUGAUACUGCAAAAAGAAUUGAUGAGUUGGAGAAAAUGUUAAUAAGUGUAAAGAUGAAAUUGGCCCAAAGUGAAGAAGCCAGAGAAUUUUUGGGAAAUCAAGUAGAUGGACUAAGACACAUGAUGAAUGGAUAUAAUGAAGAUCUUUCUCCAGCAUCGCCAGGCCUAAAGCCAAGGAGUGAAAAACGAGUAUCAACAUUGUCUUUGACAUCAUUCUUCGGUGGUACAUAA